UCGUUUUCUCCUCUUGAGCUCUUCGGCCUCUCACUGUUUUCCUUCAAAACCCUAAUAGCUGUCCUCUCCUCCUGAACGUGUUAGAAAAUGGCUGGUUCUGAGGGAUUGAUUCUACGUGGCACCAUGCGUGCCCACACCGACAUGGUGACAGCCAUUGCUACUCCCAUCGAUAACUCCGACAUGAUCGUCACUUCCUCCCGCGACAAAUCCAUCAUCCUUUGGCACUUAACCAAGGACGAAAAGACCUACGGUGUCCCUCGUCGUCGUCUCACCGGUCACUCUCACUUCGUGCAAGACGUUGUCCUCUCUUCCGAUUCUCAGUUCGCUCUCUCUGGUUCCUGGGAUGGUGAGCUUCGUCUCUGGGACUUAUCUGCCGGUACCUCAGCUCGCCGUUUUGUCGGCCACACCAAAGAUGUUCUCUCUGUUGCCUUUUCAAUUGACAACCGUCAAAUUGUUUCGGCUUCUCGAGAUCGAACUAUCAGGCUUUGGAAUACCCUUGGAGAAUGUAAAUACACAAUCCAAGAAGGUGACGCUCAUACCGACUGGGUUAGCUGCGUUCGUUUCAGCCCAAAUACUGUCCAACCCACCAUUGUUUCAGCUUCAUGGGACAAGACUGUUAAAGUUUGGAACCUGACCAACUGUAAGAUUCGUAACACCUUGGCCGGACACUCCGGUUAUGUGAAUACGGUGGCGGUUUCACCUGAUGGGUCUUUGUGUGCCAGUGGAGGAAAAGAUGGAGUGAUUCUGUUGUGGGAUUUGGCUGAAGGAAAGAAGCUUUAUAGUCUUGAUGCAGGUUCCGUCAUUCACUCGCUUUGCUUUAGUCCUAAUAGGUACUGGCUUUGCGCCGCCACCGAGCAGGGUAUCAAGAUCUGGGAUCUGGAGAGUAAGAGCAUAGUGGAGGACUUGAAGGUUGAUCUUAAGGCAGAGGCUGAGAAGUCUGACGUCACUGACAUCGGAAAUAAGAAGAAGGUCAUAUACUGCACAAGCUUGAACUGGAGUGCCGAUGGAAGCACCUUGUUUAGUGGGUACACUGAUGGUGUAAUCAGAGUUUGGGGGAUUGGUCGUUACUAGAUAUGCUUGUCUUGAGUUAAGAUUUUGUUUCAAAUGUCGGAAGGUUUUUUGGUUUAUUUUCUUAAUAUGGUUGGAUAUUGAGGCCUUGCCCACUUCUAUUCUAAUUUCGUUUGGUUUAUUUAAUUACUGGCUUAGGUUUGAAUUGAAUGGAGUAUAAUUUUCUCA